AUGUCUGAAUCUGCUGCCUGGCCCCUGGCCGAUGCUAAGUUGGAGCAGGAGAUUUUGGACCUUGUUCAGUCUGCCACUCACGCCCGCCAGCUCAAGAAGGGUGCCAACGAGGCCACCAAGACGCUGAACCGUGGUGUUUCUGAGGUCGUCAUCCUCGCUGCCGACACCCAGCCUCUUGCCAUUCUGCUGCACAUUCCCCUCCUGUGCGAGGACAAGAACGUUCCAUAUGUCUACGUCAGUAGCAAGAUGCACCUCGGCCGUGCCUGCGGUGUUAGCCGGCCCGUCAUUGCCGCCAGUAUCACCAGCAACGACGCCAGUGAGCUGGCUGGCCAGAUCCGCGCCAUGCGCGACAAGGUUGAGCGCCUCGCCAUCUAA